CUAUUUCACAUCCACUUUAAAACAAAUAAGGUUGCAUUACAGGUCAGUAGGCCAUCAUUCCAGGCUAGCCAUCUUGUAUAAUCAAAGAAAAUUUAAAGAAAAUGCUACAUUUUCUUUUCACUUUACAGCUUUUCAACCCUGCAAAGCAGUUUGGUAAUAAAUACAUAAAUGCUACAACAGGGAAGGAAAAAAAAGAAAAUGAAGCCCAAACAACCAGACUAUAACUAGGAUUAAUAAUUGAGGGAAGGGGGUGGGGGGAGCAGUUUAAACAGAGCGUGCCGAAGGCAGAAAAUGGGGGAAGUUUUCCUAGCUGCGGCUCCACGCCGAGCGUUGUGCUCUGCUGCCACCUGGGCCGCGCCGCAGGACGUGCAGCCCACAGAGCUCGCCGUGCACCUGGGCGGCAUCGCCCACUGGCCUGGGAACCUCGCUAGGGUCUGAACGGGGUCAGUCCUCAUGUCUUACUAUAAAUAUGAUGUGUAAAUUAUGUUUUGUUGUGCUUUUUUUGUUUUUGUUUUUUGUUUGUUUGUUUUUUUUGAAGGGAGGGUGUAGGGGGAAGUAAAGAAGGGUUCCAAACAUCACAACUUGGAGAAAGCAUAUAUAAAUGAAUAUUAGAAACCUAAAGGACUUCACAGAUUUCCUUGUAUUCUCCCUAUGUCUCCGUGUUACAGUGCUAUAGCCAACGUUGUCUUGACACCAGGCUUUGCUGAGCUGAUAGCACUGACUUUGGAGAGUUUUCACACACUUUAUUACAGCUUUGAAUUGCACAUGAGUUUUGGGGUUUUUUUUUUUUCUUCUUUCUUAUUGUUGUUUCCCCCCAUUUUAAGGCUCUCCUGUGCUUUGGAGGAAACAUGUUCUGGUAUGCUAAAUUUUGCUAGUGGUAAAUAUUUCCUUUGGCUAUGAAGUGCAUGUGUAAAAAAGGCUGUUUGUUUGUUUGUUUGUUUGUUUUUUGUUUUAUCCCCUAUGAAAAUAAGCUCCUUUCUUACUUGCUCUGCUGUUAUUGAUAACCCGUAAAGGAGACAGAGCUGAAGGUCUGAGUGAAAUAGUACUUUCAGAUAUUUACUUUUAGCCACAUCAAGUUGAGGAAAACGCAAUUCUGUGUGAACUCCAUACAAUGCAUGUGAUGCUUUGCAUACCAAACCUGGCGACAAAGGGACUGCAGGUGAGUCCCCCGGGGACUGCUCUGCCGGGAGGAUUUUUCCAGUCCCUAACCACGGAAGUAUUCAGCUUUCCAACUGUUCCCCAGAGUUGGCUGUUCUGAUUUGUUUCAAUUCAAGAACAGAAAAGGACAUGUAAUGAAGAGUCCCCCAGCAAGUAAGCAGUGCCCGUGCGACAAGCAGGGAUGCAAAGGGUUAAGACGCUGACUUGCUUGCUAGGCAAAGUUUGAGGAAGAAUGUCUUGAGGCUGAGCGCGCCGCAGCACCGCGUUUGAAAUCUGUCACCCUCACUUAGGAGCUCCGCAUCUCCGCUUGUCACCGGUGAAUAAUGAUCACGCGGCGAUAAGAUCGCGCGGUGGCGGUGCGCCGGAGCCGCCGGGGGAGAAGCAGAGGGAAAUUACGGGCGUUUAACGUUGCGGAGGGGUUUCCUCGGUCGUCGGUGGUUUCAGAGUCAUAAGACCGGCUGGACAGAGGCUUGGGAAGUAUAUUUCCUUCCUCCUUUCCUUGAAAGAAACCUUGGGCGAUGGUGUUCAUCGGCAGCUAUGGAAAACAGAGACCUUGGUGGUGAUCCUUAAAACAGUACGAUGCCGGACACCAGCUGUUCUGCCACUUUCCCCCCUUGCAACCGGCCGGACCCGGUGGGCUUUGGGUGAUUACCGGAGACAUCCGCAUGAGCAGAAUUAUAGAAUCAUUGAGGUUGGAAAAGACCACUAAGAUCAUGUAAUCCAGUCACCUACCAUCAAUAUCAACGUAUUUCUCAUAGUGAGGAACCCAAAACUGAACACACUACUUGAGGCAGGCCAGAUCCAGCUGAUAGCUGUUAUGAGGACUUUGAUGACUUCAGAAAGCUGAGCAUAACAUCAACAGACUUCAAUGAAAGGAAAUAAUAUCACUCCAAGCAACUUGUACAGACAGCUUUUGGUAGCUUUAAAUUAACUGGUUGCUCAACUAAAAGAACACAGCUAUUGUUUCUUUCGGCACACAUGGAGGAAAGCAACAAGAUUUGUAACCCUGGCUAAUAGGACUGUGGCUUUCUUAUCAAAAGUAGGAGCUGGGCCAACUGUAAAAUGAUUAUUUUAUACUUAGCCUGAAGGACUUUACCUCUGCUUGAACACUGGACAUAAACUGAAGCCAGUUUUAAUGAUCUGAGAUUUUGCUACUUGUCCUUUAUUAUUGUUAUUAGCUCUCUUUAACACUUUGAUACUUUAUUUCUUUAAAUUGGAAAUGGGUUCCUGGACUAGAUUGUGGCCCUCAGACUGGGCUGUUCUCAUGAAAUCAUGGCUUAUCUUUUCCCUGGGGCUCUACAUGCAGGUCUCCAAAACUUUGGCCUGUCCAAAAGUGUGUCGCUGCGAUCGAAACUUUGUCUACUGUAAUGAGCGAAGCUUGACCUCAGUGCCUCUUGGGAUACCAGAGGGUGUAACCGUCCUCUACCUCCAUAAUAACCAAAUAAAUAAUGCUGGAUUUCCUGCAGAAUUGCACAAUGUCCAGUCUGUGCACACAGUCUAUCUUUAUGGCAACCAAUUGGAUGAGUUCCCAAUGAACCUGCCCAAAAAUGUCAGGGUUCUCCACUUGCAGGAAAACAACAUUCAGACCAUUUCUCGGGCUGCUCUUGCUCAGCUCUUGAAGCUGGAAGAACUGCACCUGGAUGACAACUCCAUCUCCACUGUUGGAGUUGAGGAUGGGGCAUUCCGGGAAGCCAUCAGCCUCAAGCUUCUGUUCUUGUCCAAGAAUCACUUAAGCAGUGUACCAGUAGGCCUUCCAGUGGACUUACAAGAACUUCGAGUAGAUGAAAAUCGAAUUGCUGUCAUUUCAGACUUGGCCUUCCAGAAUCUUACAAGUUUGGAACGUCUGAUUCUGGAUGGCAAUCUGCUUACUAAUAAAGGCAUAGCUGAAGGCACCUUUGGCCACCUCUCCAAGCUCAAGGAAUUCUCUAUAGUGCGUAAUUCACUGACCCAUCCUCCUUCUGAUCUUCCAGGUACACAUUUGCUAAGGCUCUACUUGCAAGACAACCAGAUAACCCAUAUACCACUUACAGCCUUCUCAAACCUUCACAAACUGGAACGUCUUGAUAUUUCCAACAAUCAGCUUCGUAUGUUGGUAAAGGGUGUAUUUGAUGAUCUCCACAACUUGAGGCAACUCACUGUAAGGAAUAAUCCCUGGUUAUGUGACUGCAGUAUUAAGUGGGUCACUGAAUGGCUCAAGUUUAUUCCCUCUUCCAUCAAUGUACGGGGUUUUAUGUGUCAGGGACCAGAGCAGGUCCGAGGUAUGGCAGUCAGGGAGCUUAAUAUGAAUAUGCUGUCAUGCCCCACCACUACCCCAGAUAUGUCACUUGUCAUCACCCCAGUUCCAGCUACAGCUAAGCCAACUACAUUAGUUCCCUCCUCAUCAGUUCCUCCCCCAAGUACUAAGUAUAGUCCUCUGACUCCUAUCAUAGUCACACUCCCCACUGUGCCUGACAGGGAAGACAGAGAAAGGGUAACACCUCCUAUAUCUGAGCGAAUUCAACUCUCUAUCCAUUUUGUGAAUGAUACUUGCAUCCUGGUUAACUGGAUAUCUGUUUUUACUGUGAUGGCAUAUAAACUCACAUGGGUUAAAAUGGGCCAUAGUCUGGUAGGAGGAAUUGUUCAGGAACGAAUAGUUAGUGGUGAGAAACAAGACUUCAGCUUGGUAAAUCUGGAGCCCAAAUCCACCUAUCGGAUUUGCUUGGUUCCUCUGGAUGCUUAUAAUAAUUACCGAACUGGAGAAGACACUGUCUGUUCAGAAGCCACAACAAAGGCUUCCUUUUCGAACAGUGGCGGCAACAUUCCCUCCAGCCAUGAGCAGACAACUUCUCAGAACCUGGGCUCCCCAUUUCUGCUUGCAGGUUUAAUCGGGGGUGCAGUGAUAUUUGUGCUCAUGGUCCUUCUCAGCAUUUUUUGCUGGCACAUGCACAAAAAGGGGCGUUACACCUCCCAGAAGUGGAAAUACAAUCGAGGCCGUCGGAAAGAUGACUACUGUGAGGCAGGAACCAAGAAGGACAACUCCAUCCUGGAAAUGACGGAAACCAGCUUCCAGAUUGUGUCCUUAAAUAAUGAUCAGCUCCUUAAAGGAGAUUUCAGACUGCAGCCCAUUUAUACCCCAAAUGGGGGCAUUAACUACACAGACUGUCACAUCCCCAAUAACAUACGAUACUGCAAUAGCAAUGUCUCAGACCUGGAGCACUGUCAUACGUGAUAGUAAGGGGAGAUGGGGGUGUAAAGGAUAAAGAGAAAAAACUCUGGAGAAAGUAACCCUCACAGCAAUGAAAAAAUUACAUUUGAUAAAUGUUAAACAGAUGCAUUUAUGCAUUUGAAUACUCUGUAAUUUAUACGGUGUACUAUAUAAUGGGAUUUAAAAAGUGCUAUCUUUUCUAUUUCAAGUCAAUUGCAAAUGGUUUUGUAACUCUUUGCUUUUUAAAUCUUAAAAAAAUAUUGCUAAGUACUGUACAGGGUUGUACAAUAAGAACCCAGUGUCAUGGCAAAGGAAAGAAUGAUUCAUUCUUCAAACAUUAACCACUUUGCUGUCGAAGCUGUCUGAGGGAUGUAAGUUCCUAGGUGUCCUGUAAUACAGGAAAAUAAGUGCAUAUUAAAACAGGGUUACUAGGAACAGCCAAAAGCAAUUCAGAUAAAAUGGGUAAAACCCAUUUGGCUCAAAUCCAGCAGUUGCUGUUGCGUUUCAAACCAUUUAAAAUAUUUCUGUCCCCCUUUCUCAGUUAUGUACUUCCUACCUCCAACUCAAAGCUGGAGUUCUGACUGCUACCAAAAAGGCUACUUGUUAUUUAAUUAGGUUUCCCCAACAUACUUGGAAAGGUAGACAGAACUCAGUGUCAAACUUGAAGUGACCUUGAUUUCUAUUUGCAAAAGCUAUUCUGAAAAUGUCCCCCAAUGCCAUGCAUUUUUAUGUUAGAAAUGGUUCCAGCCUUUCAUUACGGUUAAGAAGCUUCACAAAUUCUUUAACCCUUCUCAGUGGGAGAUGGGAGGUUAUCAGUAUGUAAGAGGUAGUUGUCAUUAGAUUACACCUCUCAUUAAUAGAUCAAUAUUUGUUGACAGCAUGUUCAGGUAUAACCUGAACAAGGGAAAUUCUAAGCGCUCCCAACUCUGUGGUAUUCAUGUAGAAUUUACAGUCUAAAAGUGGAAAUUGCUGAAAACUUGUUUCAAAACAUAAUGUCAAUGGAAAGGUUGCCAUUGACUUUUAUGGUUCAAGCUCUGUGUGAUUUAGCAGUUUGAGUUACAGUCAGUAUGAAGUAAGGAAAAGGUAAAAACAAUCAACAAAAGAAAAAUAAUCGUGAGAGAUCUUUUUAAUUUUUUUUAAAUUUAUUUAUUACUGAAGACCUCUGGGCCUAUUGUGAACUGAAAUACGUACAGCAGGGAAAAUUGUGAAUAAAUUCAGGGUUGCUUUUUUUCCAUUCAGGUGAACGGAGAUGGAUAUUAAUUGAAAAAUUUUGAGAGCGCAAGUACACUGUUUCUCCAAAUUACCCUUCUUUUAUCUUAACCUUUUAAAUUUUUCCACAAUGAUCUGUAUUUGAAAAUCAACAGGUGGGCUUGGAAUUUGUUCCUUAGUUCCCUCAAAUUCUUUACUUGGAAUCACUUCUGAGUCAUGCAUUAGGUGAAGCAUCAGGCUUGUAUGAAAAUUAUGAUGCUGCUCUCAAAAUUAGACUGUGUUUCAACAGCUCCAACUGAAUCCACUGACUCUAUGACUGCCAAGAACUCUGGAUUUUUUGCCAACCCAGUGGUAGAACUUAAUUCUUCCCUUCCCUUCCCUUCCCUUCCCUUCCCUUCCCUUCCCUUCCCUUCCCUUCCCUUCCCUUCCCUUCCCUUCCCU